AUGUCCGCUACUCCUGAAUUUCAUCAACCAGUCGAAGAAGAGAACGACUUUUACAAAUUGUUAGGCGUUGAAAAGUUUGCGUCUGAGUCUGAAAUCAAAGCCGCUUAUCGGAAGUUGGCCUUCAAAUAUCAUCCGGACAAGAACCCCGGAUCGUCAGAGGCGGCUGAGAAGUUCAAAAAGAUCUCGAUUGCUUAUGCAGUUCUAUCAGAUCCGACACGGCGAAGGCAGUACGACCUGACCGGGCCGUCGAAGGCACUGUCGGACUUUGAAUGCCUGGAUGUGGAUCAGGUGGGUGGUGUCGGCCGUGUGGUAUGCGCGUUGUUCACGAAGCUCGGCAUCCCCAUUCCGACGCAGGUAUCGCCUAAGGUGCUGGCCGUCGCGAAGGACCUGGCAAAGGCAGAGGGCAACGCGACACAUCCUAUUGUUGAACUGUGCAUCAACCAGCUGGUUUCAGACCGUGUUCAACGGCAGGAAGCGAAUUUCUACUGCAUCAAUUUGACACAGUCAGACUGCGACAACGGAAUAGUACUCGUGUGCCGUUCACAUUCGGAAAGCAAGUUCAAAAUCAUUCUGUUUGACAAAGAAGGCGACGUUCGACAGAUUCAAGAAUCGUUUCGCCGAAAGCAGGCGACACGAAAGAAGCAUUGCACGUCAGCUGAAAUGUACUUCAUUUCAUCGGCCCUGUUAAGGUUGUCGGAAUUUUCGGCGCUAAAAUUCUUUAACGAAGCCGAGCAGGAUGUUCCAAUCGAGUUUCAUUUGUUAGACGGUCUGGAACAAGGUCCAAGUGUAAACUUGCAGCCUGGCAAGCACAUAUUUUGCAUUUAUGGCGAUAACUGGAUUAACGACGUUAAGUAUGAAGUAUCUGUUUUACUGGCUGGAGACGGUCUUCACGUAGUGAAUAGUAUACAGGAAAUGGAAAAAUCCUUGUACAAACUGAAAAUGAACAUGGCUGAUUUUCAGAAAGAAUACAUGGAAGCUAAGAAUCGAUUUCUUGCCGUUUCUAACCAGUUCGAGGAGUACACCAAGUCGAUCAAAGAGCUAUUGGACGACAGGGAAAGGCUUUACGAGCAAUAUUUAGAUGUCCUGUCUGCAAAUGUCAGGGUCAAGGAAAGUUUUCAAAAUCCUGGAUUACUGAAAGGUUUCAUGUCGUCGGUAACCAGUGCGUUUUCUUCCAAAUAG